AUGAAGACAAAGCCGAGAAAGAGGUCCAUCAGCCCCAAGACCCGGGUGGACCGGUCUUCCAAGGCGUCACGAAGCCCAACACGGCGAGAGACUCGCUCCAGGGUCAAAGCCAGAGAGAGUAACAUACUUCUUGAGCUUGAUAAAGUAUCAAACUCCACAGAGAUCUCGCAAGUAGGCCAUACCCAACUGGGUGAGGUGUUCAAGCCCCUCCAGCCAACAACUUCAACCCUACCGAGCUCCGCCUCUCUCCUAGUCUCUAAGUCUCCAGACCAAUGGGAUCGUCCCCCGACAGGUAGUGCAACAGCAAGAAGUCCACCCGCGUCCCCUAAUGUGCCUAAGGCGUCCAACACUGGCCAGGCGGAGGCAGCCCACCCACAACGGAACGAGCCUUAUUCGCUUGACCCAUCUGCGAAUCGAGCAGAAAUAGAACGCUGGAGCCACAUGGCCUUUCAUGUGGGAAACUACGACUACCAACCUCUACAUGAUCUUUGGGAUGAUCUUAGGACUCAUAUGAAUACCUUCGUCUCCGCUGCAGGACCGGGGAAAUGCAUGUGGCACCUUGUGGACGAUGUAACAAAGGAGAAAUUACUCUCUUUUUGCCCUACUGCCCCGAGAAUCAUCGAAGACGGCGGCGGAGGCUGCAGCCAUCUCAUGUUGGCCUGGGUCUGGCGUAUCCUCUACGACAAUCUCCUUUCCCCGGACUGCACUGAUAAAUGGUCAACAGAGGGAUGGGCUCAUCUAGGAUCCUUCCAGCAGUCUCUGCGAAGUAAGUUCAAUAUCCCCGCCACCGCCUGGCUCAGGUCUAACGCUCAGUGUGUUUCAGAAGGAGGCUUGCCCGACGAAAGUAACGCCUUCACGUAUGCGUACCAUGCUGCCAAAUUCUGGAGCCUCCGCAUGGCUUACAUGCGCUUUGGGUCGCAUAGUUCUGUCGAACGACUCGAGAAAUUACUUCUAGAUGAAUUCCUUCCGAUGAUGAAGCUACGCAUUCACCGGGAGAAUCAAGUUGAGCUAAGUGAUGGAGAAUCAGGCCGGGAGCCUGAUCCUGAUAUUGAUCCCGAAACGGGUUUUCAUUGCGACCUCGAUGAGUAUCUAUCCAGAGUGGCCCAAACCGCCGUGGAAGUAGAUCUCUGGAUGCUUGCCUCUGGUAAGAAUGUCAAGGUCGAAUUCCAAGACCCCGAGACGGGGAAGGUGUCGGGAAUUCCUUACAAGCCAGACUACAUGUACAUGGUCCCCCAAAACAGUUUGAUUCGAGCUGCAACACACCCAGUCAUUGGCGCUCCGGUCGAUUUGGUCGUCGAGCCGUUGCUGCGUUCAUUCGGUGAGCGUGCUACCAUCUCUUGUGAAAAGCCUGGGUUCGUGGAUUUCUACCCGUCAGCAUUUGGGAUGCACCACAAGUGCACCGAAAUGUCUCAGAUGUGGGUAGUCGUUGAUCACUUUGAUGAGUAUGAAGGCGGCGAAGAGUCCAUAGCUUGUGAGAAGAACUGA